AUGGCGCAACGUCCCGACGCAUCAGCGACCCCUUCGGCGAACGGCGCGCCCGCCCAACCUCCAUCCAAGUCGGACACGGCCACCCCAAAGCUCAACAAUGAGGUCGAGUUGGGCAACCUCCCCGGCGACGGGGAGCCAGCCCAGAGUGACAUUAUGCAGAUGGCAAGGACGGGCGACAUUGCCGGCAUGGAGAAGCUGUUCGAGACGGGCGACUACGAUGCGACUUACACCGACGGCGAGGGGAUAACCCCAUUACAUUGGGCGGCCAUCAACAACCAGUAUGCCAUGUGCAAGUUCCUGAUCAGCCGCGGCGCCGAGAUCAACCGAAAAGGAGGCGAGAGUGUGGCCACACCAUUACAAUGGGCUGCUCAGCGGUGUCAUUACUACACCGUCCACCUACUGCUCCAACACGGCGCCGACCCCUUGAUCUCCGAUGCUCAGGGAUACAACACAUUACAUAUCAGCACCUUUAACGGGAACCUUCUUCUGAUUGUCCUGUUAUUACACCAGGGCAUACCGGUGGAUGUGGAAGAUGCCUACGGCCACACCGGUCUUAUGUGGUCUGCUUACAAGGGCUAUCCGGCUUGCGUCGACGUCUUUCUACGAUGGGGCGCCAGCGUUCACGCCAAGGACGAGCAAGGCUUUACGGCUCUGCACUGGGCACUCGUAAAGGGAAGCGCUGGGUGUGUUCAGAAGCUCCUCGAGUACGGCGCCGAUCGGUUCGCCAAGACCACGACGGGCAAGACACCUUCCAUCACAGCUAAGGAGCUGAACACGGCAGGCGCAUGGCACAAGGCCCUCCACGAGUGCGGCUACGAUGAGGACGCCAAUGCGAUAAUACCGAGCUGGCCGGGAUCGAGCUACCUUUUGCAGGAUAGGAGGGGGUUCACGACCAAGUUCUUCUUCCUGUGGCCCUUCGUCCUGGUCUGGGCGACUUUGCACAUCUUUGCUGGGAUGCCGGUCUACGCGGGCAUUCCCAUCGGGCUCAUUGUGGCUUAUUCGAUCCAGUGGGUUGGCCAACAGGUUAUCGCCUAUGCGCCACCUGAUAUGAGGUCGUUUGAGAAGACGCCCUGGAUGACCGGUAUUUUUGCCGCUUCGCUCUUCUGGGUAGGGCUCAACUGGCUGUUUACUGUCUUUCCCACCACAGCAUUUGGCGAAGAUGGGACCUACCUGCUCAACUUCCUUUUCGCCGUGACCCUUGGCUUGACUGGGUUUUUCUACGUCAGGUCCAUGGUCGACGAUCCCGGAUUCGUACCCAAGAUGAACGGUAUUGCGGAGCAGAGAGCGGUCAUUGAUGAGCUAAUCAGCCAGUGGAAGUACGACGAGGCCCAUUUUUGUGUUACUUGCAUGAUUCGGACUCCGUUGCGCAGCAAGCACUGCCGUAGGUGCCAGCGCUGUGUUGCCAAACACGACCAUCACUGCCCGUGGGUCUACAACUGCGUCGGCAUCAACAACCACCGCCACUUCUUCAUGUACCUCAUCAACCUGACCCUCGCCAUUAUCAUCUACGACUUUCUCACCUACCGUUACUUCAACAUUGUGUCACCCGAUGCCUCGGAAGAAUGCAGCCUUCUCGCCCCUUCCAUCUGCAAGGUUGUCAACGCCGACGCUUACACGAUGCUGACGGCCAUCUGGGCAUCGCUCCAGCUUGUCUGGGUGUCCAUGCUUCUGUCUGUCCAGCUGAUUCAGCUCGCCCGCGCCAUGACGACCUACGAGAACAUGUUUGGCGUCCACCACACUUCUGCCACCUCGUUGGCAUCCGCUUUCACCUCGACUGGCGCCCCACUGGAUCCGACACAGCAACCUCCCUCCGGAUCUGCCGCCGGCGAAGGUGGCCACGGCCACAAGCAUGGCCACAGACAUGGCGGCAUCCUCAAGACAAUGAGCCGACUCCUCGGAGUUGACAUUUUUAUGCGAACAGCCCGCGGCAAGGGAGCUGCCACCAACCCAGCCAACAAGCGAAAGAGCAGAAACCCCUACAACCGCGGCUGCGUCACCAACUGCAAAGACUUUUGGUGUGACCCUGCGCCGUUGUUCGGCAAGAGGGAGACUGGCGCCGCGAUGCUCGGUGGACAACCGGUGAACUACACGGAGAUGUAUGAGAGUCCGUCUGUGAUGGAUGCGCUGAGAGGGAGGGCUGGCAGAGCAGGCGGUUAUGAAGCCGUUGCUGGGGAUGAAGUAUGA